GUUUGACACCUAAUGUGAAAGUCCACAACAUUUUGCAAAUUAUACUCAAUUUAAUUGUCUGUCUAUUGAUUGCCUAAAUGUAUGACAAAGUGAUUAGAGGUGUUGCCAACGACUCUGAGGAAUAUGACUCGGAUUCAGACUCUUAUGAAUUGGUGGACGACAUAAGCGAUAGUCAAGUGGACGACAUGUCGUACGAAGAAUCGGAUCCAAGUAGUGAUGACUCGGAGGAAGACAUCGACAAAGAGAAUGAGGGAAUUGUUCUCAUAUUAACACCCAUUGAAGACAAUGAAGACAAAUCACCAAAUGAUGCAAAGAGUGGAUCGGGAGCUGAAACUAUGAGCCGAUGGAGACGAUUGGCACAAAUGGAUUCAUUCAAUGAACUAAGACUUAAGACAUUGGAGGCAACGGCACAAGCGGUUAAUGAUGUCAAGGGUUUGGCUGAGAAUAGGGGGUCACAGGAGAUGACUGUCCGUGUGGUGAGAAGAGGACACAGUUUGGCACCAUUUGACACAAAUGGCACACAAAGAGUGCACCGAAGAGGACUUGUGUUGGGGGUCCACAGAAGGGCUGGAAGUGGUCCUCAACAACAGGCGACUCGUGUCUAAAAGUCCUUUCAAUAGAUCCCAAUCCUUA